CACGCUCAUUUUCAUCAAGCUGAAUCUUUCUCUUUCUUUCCCUCUGCAUCCCCCUUUCCUCUCUCCUCCCAGCUUUCAGCUUUCCUCUCUGAGAUUGUCUGCAUCCCCCUUUCCUCUCUCCUCCCAGCUUACAGCUUUCCUCUGUGAGAUUGUCUGCAUCCCCCUUUCCUCUCUCCUCCCAGCUUUCAGCUUUCCUCUGUGAGAUUGUCUGCAUCCCCCUUUCCUCUCUCCUCCCAGCUUUCAGCUUUCCUCUCUGAGAUUGUCUGCAUCCCCCUUUCCUCUCUCCUCCCAGCUUACAGCUUUCCUCUGUGAGAUUGUGUCUGCAUCCCCCUUUCCUCUCUCCUCCCAGCUUUCAGCUUUCCUCUGUGAGAUUGUCUGCAUCCCCCUUUCCUCUCUCCUCCCAGCUUUCAGCUUUCCUCUGUGAGAUUGUCUGCAUCCCCCUUUCCUCUCUCCUCCCAGCUUACAGCUUUCCUCUGUGAGAUUGUCUGCAUCCCCCUUUCCUCUCUCCUCCCAGCUUUCAGCUUUCCUCUGUGAGAUUGUCUGCAUCCCCCUUUCCUCUCUCCUCCCAGCUUACAGCUUUCCUCUGUGAGAUUGUGUCUGCUUCCUUCCUGUUCCGUAAGCAACAGUGUGAUCCCCUCUCCACACGAGACAAAGAGACGGAGAGAGGGGAAAAGAGGGGGAGUAACAGAAUGAAUAGAAUGACAAGAUGGCUGUGAAAGAGAGAUAUUAACAGAAAGAUAGAAAGGGAUAUAGAGAGAGAGAGAGACAGAGAGAUAGAUAGAUUAAUGUAAACCCAGGGGUGUCAGUGUUGCCAUACAGACAAAGGUAGCGCCGUAGUGCAUGUGGUCUCUCUCACGCAUACACACACUCUCGCACACACACACACACACUCGCACACCGACAUUACAACUGCGUAGGAGUCAGACAGAAGAGGAAUGCCACUGGCUUGCACACGGAGUAGCCUCACAUUCAUAACUUAACAACAACAGGCGCACAAGACACACACAUGCACGCACACACACGUACACACACUCAAUCAAUCGCAGACACAGACUCUUUGUGUGACUGUAAACAUGGGGCUCGUCAUGGGGACCUUUUCCAUGCAGAGCAAUAAGCAGGAUCGGACCUAUCGGAAAGACCUCUGACAACAUGGGCGCUGUGGUGGGCACGUUAACCAUGGGGGAGAGGACCAAGGGGGAGAGGAGGAGGCCAUCCAGAGAUAAAAUAGAUGAUGAUUUUGAGUUGAGCAUUGUGUGUCAUCGGCCAGAAGGGCUGGAUAAACUAGAGGCUCAGACCAACUUCAGCAAGCAAGAGCUGCAAGUGCUCUACCGAGGCUUCAAAAACGAGUGCCCUAGUGGGGUGGUGAAUGAGGACACCUUCAAACAGAUAUACUCACAGUUCUUUCCCCAUGGAGAUGCCAGUACCUACGCACACUACCUGUUCAACGCCUUUGACUCAGCACACAGUGGAUCCAUCAAGUUUGAGGGCUUUAUCAUGGCGUUGUCCACCCUGCUGAGGGGUUCAGUGAGGGAGAAACUGACGUGGACGUUCAACCUGUACGACAUCAACAGAGAUGGCUACAUCAACAAGGAGGAGAUGACAGACAUCGUCAGUGCGAUAUAUGACAUGAUGGGAAAGUACACCUACCCUGCCCUGAAGACAGACACUCCCAAACAACAUGUGGAUGCCUUCUUCCAGAAGAUGGACAAGAACAGAGAUGGAGUUGUCACUCUGGAUGAGUUCAUUCUGUCCUGCCAGGAGGAUGAAAACAUCAUGAGGUCCCUGCAGCUCUUCAAAAAUGUCAUAUAGACCACACAGAGAAAAGGAGAGAAAAGACCGGGAGGAAUUGGAAGAGAUGCUUGAGCUGUGAGAAGGAAAAGCAGCCCGCCAUUUAAUGGAAAAAAGAGGCACAAACAAACUUUGUUGUCACCAUGGUUACGAGAGGUACUCAACACCGGCUGCCCAACAACAGCUAUACACACCAGUCGUGUGGCACAGUGUCUCACCAUCAUGUUACCAUGGCAGUGACCAUCAACGGGCUGGGUUAUGACCCUUGCCAUUGACCUCUGACCCCUGUACCUGUUUUUGAACUUCCUGUGACUCUGUAACCUUUCACCCUAGUCCUCUCUGUCUUGUUCUGUUGAUGUUGUUAUGGUUACUGAUCUCUCUGAGAGUGUAUAUCACACCUGUUAGUGUACCUACUGACAAACACACACAAAGAUUAAGGCAUACACACAUACCUUGGAUUGAAUCCUCAAUCGACUACCAAAUAACAAAUACACAAUCAAUACAUUUUCA